AUGUCUUCAUCCGGAUCCUCCAACGAGUCUUCGGCGUUUCAUGACACAGAGAUUAUCACCGCAGACGACAGUUACUCGGAUUGGGAGGUGAUCACAAACAGAUCCGAGUCAAAGUCGCCAGAACCAGGCGAACCUCCUCAAAGCCCUUUGCACGCAGUAACUCUCGCACUUGCCGAGAUCAGAAGGCUGUUUGCAGACCCGGUAACAGACUCUCCGCUACCAUGCGAACCUGCCGAACCAUACGACGAGCCAACGGAAUCCCCCGAGGUAAUCAAGAAGCUACGCAAAGAAUCCAAACCAACAAUGGAAGAAUUUGACGAGUCAAUCGAGCAUUCUGCAGCUCCUGGUAUGCGAAACCCGACAAGCUCGGUGGAUUCCAUCGGGGAAUCCGCGGGAGUCAAGUUGGUAGAGUCGGAACUGUUCAACAUCCGGAAAUCACACAUUCGUAAGGCCAUAAAAGAAUUGGAGAUGGUAAAUUCUUCUAUGCUAGCUACCAUCACACGCGGAGAUCUAGAUGACCCGAGAGCCGAUGAUAAGCCUAAGCUGGCUAGGAAAAAAAGGCAGCGUCGGCAUUCAUCUACGAAAAGGAAACCGAAUACUGCAGAAUCUUCAACGUCCCGCAAUUUAGAGGAAUUUUUUCCCUGCCCGAGUCAAGCUGAUCAGCAUGAGCCUUUCCCUGCUUUUACAAUUCCAGCCCCCGGGUCCCCACCGCAUUUCGCACCGCCUAGCAACUCAAUAGCCUGUAGGUUUCGGGCAGUAGGUUUGUACUAUGACCCUGAACCUAAGCCAGAAGAAGACUCUUGA